UUCCAUGUGCCCGGGACAAUUAGUGCCCAAUGGGUGGAGAAUGCUCGUUUACUUCUUCAUUGCUUGUAGAUACCUAGGUAUCACGCCAUACCUUGACCUAUGUAGACUGGUCUUCAAGCUUAAACAGCUCCCUAAGUUUACAUGCUUCGCCUACCUUUCUUCUCGAGGUGCCUUUAGGAUCCCGAGGAUGCCUAGUUCAUUGAAGGGGUGGAAGGAUAAAUGGUUCUAUGUUAUAGCUCGAGACCCGAUCUUUCUUUUUGGCCCUUGUGGGAUAUCUCGGACAUAGUGAAGUUUUGUGAGGGACAGGCCUACUUCGAGACACUCUAGAGAGGGAUCGAAAGAUGUUAGAGGAUCUCGAGCCCUUGGUGUAUGAUAUAGAUGAUAUUCUCAGAGAUGACAUCCUCGACCUUGCGUGUGCAAAAGGCCUCGAGGAGAUGCCUUUUGAUCCAUCAGCUCUUCGUCGAGCAGUGAGAUCGAAGUCAAAGGAGCCCCAGGUUAGCGCUUCUGAUCAGAAGAAGGGAAAAAAGAGGCCUUGGGUAUACACAACUGAUGUUCUUCCUUGGGGUUCGAGAGAAUCAUCAAGUUCAAGGCUUCGAGCUUCGAGUCCUCUUCCUCAACAACGACAGGGGAUUCUUCCCGACCAACUUCGAGGUCUUCACAGCCACUUCAUCCUCGGGUAACUCUCGAGGUUGUUGAUCUCGAGGAUGACUCCAUUCCUUCUGUUGCCUCGAUCAUCGAGGAUUUUGAACGAUGCCAUAUGCUUCCGAGCAUUGUCGCGAAAUACAGAGGCAACGUUGGGUUUGACGAGGGCAUGAAGGCCCUCGAGCUCCUUACCUUGAAAGUAAGUAUCGACCCUUUUAUGAUGUUGUGCGAAGUAUUUUUCCCGUUCUAAUGCUUUUUCUUUUUUCAUUGUUAGACACUCAGCGUUGCUCGAGGACUUUCACUACAAGGGAUGGAUGAGUCCCACAAGGUGGCAGGGUUGGUCGACGCUGUGGAGCUUCGAGAUAAGAAGCUUGCUGAUGUUGAGGCUGCUCGAUCUCAGCUCCAGAGGGAGCGCGAGGAUGCGAGAUACGAGUUGAGGAAAGCUCGGGAUGAAGUGGGGCUUGCCAAGGACAAGGCUGAAGAACUAAAACUCGAGCUUGAAUAGCUUAAGAAAAAUUUUGGGGCCAAGGUUAAGGAGGCUCGAGCUUCAGCAAUCGAGGACUUUAAAAAGUUCGAAGAGAUGGACAGGCUGAAGGGGCGAGUAUGCGUUAGGCUCGUACCUUCAUGCCCUUAAAGACGCUCGGGCCUGCUAAUCUUAUUCCACCCGAAGGCUAGUUAAAAAGUCAUUGAUGUAUAUGCCACAAAGAGUAGUAUCUUCUCAGGAUGAAGAUGCUCGAGGUUGCCCUCGAGGAGCUUAAGAUGAUCCAUGAUGUAGUCGAGAUUCUCAAGCCGUCUGAUUCUGACAACAUAGUCGAUGAAGUGGCCGAAGAUGAGGAUGCAUUCGAGGAGCGUGAUGUUGCUCCCAAGGAUGAAGACCAAGAGUAGGAAAUCACAACCCCCUUCCCCGAUUAUAUUUUGACGAUGAUGUAAUGAACAUUGCCUAGCCAUAACCUCGGGCCUCUUCCUUCGAAUUUUU